AUGACGAUCCCGAGCGCGGAGGGCUUCCUCCAGGCCUCGAGCUGCCUCCCGUGUACGGCGGAGGAGGAGCGGGAGCUCGUCGCCGCGCUCACCAGGGAGGCCGAGGAGAAUGUCAAGGACGGGGAUCUCCGCUACCUCGUCUCGCAGAGCUGGUGGAUGGAGUGGCAACGUUACGUGGGCUUAGUCAGUUGCGAUGAGAAUGGCAAUGAGCAGCUUCCUCAGGCUACGAAUAGACCCGGACAGAUUGAUAACUCAAAGCUUGUUUCAGCAGAAACAAUCAGUGGUAGUGAAGAGCCAGAGCUUCAAAGGACCUUGAGAGAAGGGGAGGACUACACUUUGGUGCCACAACAAGUUUGGUGGAAGCUAUUUCAAUGGUAUAAAGGUGGACCAGAAAUCCCCAGAAAAGUAAUUUUUGAUAGCCCAACUUGCAAGGGUUACAUGGUGGAUGUCUAUCCUCUCUGUCUGAAAUUAAUUGAUGGAAGAGACAAUUCUGAACAGAAUAUCAGAAUAAGUAGAAAGGCCAAAAUUCAUGAGCUUUACUCAGUGGUUUGCUCACUCAUGUCAGUAGAGCAGUCUGAGAUUGUCAUCUGGGACUAUUACCAAAAGUCAAAGAGCAAGAAGUUGACUAAUCUCAAUGAGACACUAGAUGAAGCUCAAAUUACCAUGGACCAGGAGAUCCUCUUUGAGAUGAAGCUAGAUGAGAGCAGUUCAGGUUUUAGUUCAAGAUCCACAAAUAAUGAGUUGGCACUAAUUCCUUUAGGACCUUCAACAUCAUCAUUAUCAAUUGCUGGAGGGCCCACCAUUUCAAAUAGUUUUUCAUCUGGAAUUGGUUCUAGUUUUUCACAAGAUAAUAGCUUCAGUCCUUUACUAAAGGACUCAGCAGAUGGUUACAAUAGUUUCAGCAAUGGAACUAAAGAUGAUACUCACGGAUUGAGUGGUUUACAUAACUUGGGUAAUACAUGCUUCAUGAAUAGUGCCAUACAAUCCUUGGUUCACACACCUCCCUUGGUAGAGUACUUUUUGGAGGACUAUACUCGUGAGAUAAACACAGAAAAUCCACUAGGGCUCCAGGGUGAACUUGCAGUAGCAUUUGGAGAGCUACUUAGAAAACUUUGGUCAUCUGGUCGAACUUCUGUUGCUCCACGUCCAUUUAAAUCAAAACUUUCUCGUUUUGCCCCGCAGUUCAGUGGAUAUAAUCAGCAUGAUUCUCAGGAGCUACUUGCAUUUCUGUUGGAUGGACUGCAUGAAGAUCUCAACCGUGUCAAAAAGAAACCAUAUAUUGAGGCAAAGGAUGCUGAUGGCCGUCCAGAUGAUGAAUUUGCUGAAGAAUGCUGGAAUUACCAUAAAGCUCGAAAUGACUCAAUAAUUGUAGAUAAGUUUCAAGGCCAAUACAAGUCUACAUUGGUGUGCCCAGUUUGUAACAAAAUCUCUGUUACCUUUGACCCAUUUAUGUACUUGUCACUACCAUUGCCAUCAACAGUUACUCGAAUGAUUACUGUAACUGUAUUCAGUGGUACUGGAGAUGCUCUUCCAAUGCCUUUCACUGUGACAGUGCAGAAAAAUGGAAAUUGCAGAGAUCUUACCAAAGCUCUUGCUGACGUUUGCUGCUUAAAAAGUUCUGAGACAUUGUUACUUGCAGAGGUUUACGAGCGUCGGAUCUACCGCUACCUUACAAAUCCAAUUGAGGGACUUCACAAUAUAAAAGAUGAAGAUAUACUUGUUGCAUAUAGGCUCCCAGUUGGUCAUGAAAAACUUUUGAGGUUGGAGAUACUUCACCGUAGGGCAGACAGAUGUGCUGCUGAGCCCCAGUUUAAUAUCAACCGGAAGCUCAUUGGGUGCCCCCUUGUGACUUGUAUUCCUAAUGACUCCACUGGAAAAUCUGACAUUUAUGUGGCUGUCUCUGCUGUUCUUGUUCCAUUUGUACGAGCAAAUGCACAUGGCCCUGAUGUGUCUGCAGUCAAGUUGAAUGGCAACGGGCCAAGUCUGGAUGGUAUUGUACUGACGGAUAAUGGCACCACCUGCGAGGAGGGUCUGUCUACAUCAACUGGGGAUGAUGAUGCAGUUGAUGAACAUUUACCUUUUCAGCUUUCCUUGACUGAUGAAAAAGGUAGUGUGAGAAAUGCUAUAAACACGGAUUCUAAUCGUGUUUUAGGAAUAGUUAUGAGGGUUUUGAUGGAUUGGUCUGAUAGAGAGCAUGAGAUGUACAAUAUUGAUUACAUGGAUGAAGUUCCUGAAGUCUUCAAGCCUGGUUUUUUGUCAAAGAAGACCCGGCAAGAAGCAGUGAAUUUAUUUUCAUGCUUGGAUGCCUUUCUGAAGGAGGAACCUCUGGGGCCUGAUGAUAUGUGGUAUUGCCCUGGCUGCAAGGAACACAGGCAAGCUACCAAGAAACUGGACUUGUGGAGGCUGCCCGAGAUAUUGGUAGUUCACUUGAAAAGGUUCUCAUACAGCCGCUAUAUGAAGAACAAGCUUGAUACUUUUGUGAACUUUCCAAUCCAUGAUCUCAAUAUGAGCAAGUAUGUGAAGCAGACGUCAAGAGGUGAUCGGCAGCCCAUGUAUGAACUCUAUGCGGUGAUCAAUCAUUAUGGUGGUCUGGGUGGUGGACACUACUCUGCAUACGCCAAGCUAGUAGAAGAGGAUAACUGGUAUCAUUUUGAUGAUAGUCAUGUCUCCUCUGUUAAUGAGGAUGCGAUCAGAACGUCUGCAGCAUAUGUGCUUUUCUACCGACGUGUUGGAGGUUCAAGUACAGUAGCAAAUGGCAUUCCAGUCGACAUUGAAAUGGUUGAUUCACUGGAGACAUAGCUCCCCAAAUCAAAAGCAAAUGUCAGUACAAUAUUGUGGACGGAAAUAUGGAGCUCAGAAUAUUGCUCGAAUUUGCAUGUCUGAACAGUACAGAGUAUUGCUGUAUGGUUCAAUCGAGCUGUCGAAAGAUAUUUUGAGGGCGUAGCAGAGAUGGGAGAUCAAUUUAGCAUGGCAGCAUGGAUGGAUCUGCAGCCCCGCGUUACGACCAAUUAGGUUUCCUGAUUUCUUCUGUUACCCCACCCUUUUGAGUAGGAAUUGAUCUUGGCAGGUAAAUCAAGAAUACGUUGACGGCGAUGUGUAUGCUGAUGUGAUUUUUUUUGCUGAUAUGCAGAUGUAGCUCUUGGGUCUACUAUUAUUGUUGCUGUAAUGUAGCCAAGGGAUUGCAAACUGGGAAGAAAAAAGGAUGUAAAAAUGCUUCAUAUUCUUUUUGUUACAGUUGUGCUACGGCCAAAUUUUGGUUCCGAUUGCUCCUAUUAGACUGCCCCAUCCUCAUCAGCGCUUGCUGAGUGUCUUAUUCUGCGAGCAAUCAAUUCUCGCGGCUGGCCGUACCCUUGGCCAUUUGCCCAGCCGAGGCCCCACCCACCCCUUCCUUCCGCACGCAUCCAUCAGUCUCAUCGCAACUCUCCAUCCAUUUCUUCUCUCCCCCCUCGCAAGCUCUCUUCCAAAUCCACCCUGUUGCCACCUCCUGCGCUGCCCCUCCCUUGUCGCGCCUCCCCUCCCCACCACCUUUCUCCUGCGGCGUGCGGGCCUACGGUGACGGCGUGCGGUGGCAUGCGGCGCGAGCCGUGGCAACGGCGUACGGCGUGAGGGGCCGCGGCAACAGUGUGCGGCGCGGAGCUGCUGCGGCAGCGGGCAGCAGUAGCGGGCGGGCGGGCAGCGGCGGGCUUACAGGCGGAACAUCGACGACGGGGCGUGGAGUUGCAUAGGGCACGGGCGAGGAUGACGGCAAGUAUGAAUCCAUCGAGAUCUAUGGAACCUACUGCCUCAUCGAUGCGCCAGGCGGUGCCGCGUUGAGCCUUCCGCGGGAGGGAGCUUGGAGCGACAUGUCAUGAACAGAUUCAUUGAAAGAGCCUACAGAAAACUCAAGAUCAUAAAGUGAGCUCAUCAAUCAUGCAAGUUUGAAGUACAAUAAUAUGCAUUAUUUGUGAUAAUAUGCUUGUGAGAUGCCUGUAAAGUCCCAUGAAUAAUCAUGUCGUUUCAGUUUCUUAUGAUGUUGUAUUUUUGGAUUUAGCAUAGGGUGGAGGCAAAUUUGUUUGUUUACAAUUGCUAUUAUAUGCCCUAAUUUUGGCAUAAUAGAUUGAUGUAUUUGCACGAGGUUGAUCUGGAA